AUGGGGCAGUGGAACCAUAGCUUUUGUGAUAUACGCUUCAAUUAGGCCUGCAUAAAAUGAACUGCUAAAACAAGCAAUGUUGUAUGGAGCUCGAAGACGGUUUCUGAUAUGCCAUCGGCUGGCGAACUGGUGCAAGUAGAGGCACCUAUUGCAUUAUUAUCAGUGAGGAUGGGCGAACAACUCAAUGACAGCGGGAGCGGGACUUUGAACUGGUCUUUAAUGGAAGACGACAAAUUCGGUAGCCUGGAGGAUAUUGACGUGACCGCGGACGGCACCCCAAUUCUAAGGAUAAUCAUCUCCGUCGUGUACUCUGUGGUGUGCGCAGUGGGGUUAUUUGGUAACUUGUUAGUAUUUUUCUUAAUGAGGUUAAAACAGGGAAGAAAGAAAUCCAGUAUAAACUUUUUCAUCAUUAACUUGGCAGUAACGGAUUUUCAAUUUGUGUUGACGUUGCCGUUCUGGGCAGUGGACACGGCAUUGGACUUCAGCUGGCCGUUUGGAGACGCAAUGUGCAAAAUCAUCCUCUCUGUAACUGUUAUGAACAUGUACGCGAGCGUGUUUUUUCUUACCGCUAUGAGUGUGACCCGAUACUGGUCUGUCGCCUCGGCUCUAAAGAACCGGACGAGACAGAGGUCGUGUUCCGUUAAAUGGGUGUGCACGGUCCUGUGGGUGUCCGCAACGAUUGCCACCGCACCCACGACCAUUUUCUCAUCAGUUACGGUCGUGGCCGGGGAGAAGCUAUGUUUGAUCAGGUUUCCGGAGGGACAUGACUGGCUCGCAUUAUAUCAUCUCCAAAAAAUAAUCAUAGCCUUUGUCAUACCAAUGUUGAUUGUGUCCGUCUGCUAUCUGAUGCUCUUACGGUUUAUCCGUCUUAGGAGCAUGAACAACAACCACCCCAAACGGAGGUCGAGGGUGACCAAAUCUGUCACCAUCGUGGUCCUGUCCUUCUUUCUUUGCUGGAUGCCAAAUCAUGCUAUCACAUUCUGGGGGGUAUUAGUUAAAUUUAAUGCUGUCAAUUGGGAUAAAUCCUACUAUUUGGUCCACACCUAUGUAUUCCCGUUGACUGUGUGCCUUGCGCAUGCCAAUAGCUGCUUGAACCCAGUGCUUUACUGUCUCAUGCGAAGAGAAUUCAGAAAGAUGCUGAAGGAUUUGUUUUGGAGAAUUUCUUCGCCAGCCAUCUCCAAAGCAUGUACAAUACGCACAUUUACUGGGGCCUCCAACACACGUGCAACAUAUGACGACAACCAAGUUGUUAUUCCAAUGAAUGUACUAGACACAACACAAUGUCGUCUUUCCGUUAUUGACAGACCAGAUCUACCAGCAAUACCUGGUCUACCUGGAAUGGCACCUGAAGAUCCAUAGUAUAUCCAGCGUAAACAAAUUGCGCUUUCUCUAUGAAUCAACGACAUGGGUUAAUCAACAACGCAUGCAGUGGGGAAAUAUACACAUGGCAUCUUUAAAUGUUCCACUUACGGCGCGCGCCGCAACCUUGUGUUCCAUACUUUGUGGGUACGCACGGGCACUUAUUGCGCGGAGCAACCCGUCGGAAUGGAACGCAGACUUUUGAGAACUGUGGUGCGUCCCUGGUACGCACUAAAAUGGGUAGAACAUGUACUUAGUGAACUUUCAGCGCAAAUGUGUUGAUAUUCAGUAUAGCCUACCUUUUUUGUGGAUAUUAGUCAUAUAUCCAUUGCAAGGUUACGUUUCUUCUCUCUAUUCAAACGCACACCUUUUUGGUAAGGCAACAUCGAAAUAAAUGUGAAAUAUUACACAAAUGUAAUCAAUGCUUCUGGUGUUGUAAUAGUGAACAUGCACAUCCCGAUAUCUGAAUGUAUGCUUAAAUGUAAAGGAUCAUAUUGCAAUGUAUAUACAAUUAAAGCGCUUAUA